GUGUGUGUGCGCGCGUGCGGGGUGCGUUAGACUCGCUAAGCAACGACCUGCAAACGGGCAUCCGAGCCAGUCCGAGCAAAAGAGAAAAAAAAAACAGGAACCACAUUAUUUUCGAGUGUCUUUGCAAUGUUCACGACGAUAUUUCUACACUGCCUGCUCUGAUCUCAUCGAAGUUGCCGUCUCUCCCGACGUCGGCUACAAAACCCAAACAAGAAAUUAAUGCAUCUUGCUCCGCGCUCCUGUUUGUUUUGACCUGUGUAGCUACAAGGGAAUCCUGCUCGAGGGAUUAGCGGUCUGUCAAUGAGGAACUACCGGCUCAUCUUCUGCCACAACCUGAAGCAGCCAUAGAUGGUUCAGUGGUUCACUGGCCAGGGGAGGAGAGGAUAGGACACACUUUCACUGCUACACGACGUGAGGUCUUGGCGGGUUUGUGGUGAGGAGGAGGAGGAGGCCAUGAGGAAGAGCGUGUCUCUGUUGCCAGGCAGUGAGGGCAGGAGCUCAGCCAGCACCACGCGGGUUUUUGGCGUUCCUUUGGAGGAGGUGUCACGCACACACACAAUCAGUGGCCAUGAGGUUCCUGCACUGGUGAAACACAUUGUCGACUACAUUGAGGAGCACGGUCAUCUGGACCUGGAGGGGCUCUUUCUGGUUAAUGGCAACGCAGAGCGUGUGGAUUGGCUGCGUCAGCGCUACGACAGUGGUGAAGAGGUGGAGCUAGAGAAGGAGGCCGACCUGGCAUCAGCAGUCAGUUUGCUGCGACUCUUCCUGCAGGAGCUUCCUGAGCCUGUUAUUCCAACGGCGAUACAGGGACACAUACUACAGCUACACCAAGAUUACAGCAAUGAAGAGGAGCUGUGUAGAAACUUGAAGUACCUGCUGCAGCAGCUUCCCCAGCUGAACUACGGCUUGCUGCGUUUCCUGUGCCGCUUUCUGGCCAGUGUGGCAUCACUUCAGCAGGAGAGCUGGAACGUGGGGGCGCUGGCCGCCGUCUUCGGACCAGACAUCUUCCAUCUGUCAACAGAGGGAGAGGACCUUCGGGACCAGGAGUCUGUCAGCAGAGUGCUGGCAGAGCUGUUAGACAACCAAGAGGGCCUGUUUGACUCGGAGGAUGAUGACGUCUCCACUACCAAUGACUACAGCUCCAUUAACGAACAGAUCACAGAGCUGUUGGAUGAUGACAAGUGUGAGGCAGAAUGCGAAGACCUGCCUCAGGAUGGGGAGGAGGGUCCUGCCUCCUCCGACUCACCACAACACACGCACACCGAUGACAGCCCUGCAGCCAGCUCCCACCUCUCUGCUAUAUCCAUCCUGCCUGCUGACUCUGCUGAGAUAAUUCAGCGAACCAUCAGGGCAGCAGUGGAGCAGCACUUCUUUGAGCUGAAAACAUCCAUCGACCAAGGCCUCAGCAACUAUGACAGCCAGGGGGUGAGUCCCAGUGAGCCUGCAGACGAAGGUUGCCAUGGAGACGACGAGCAACAAACAGACCCUGAGGACUGUCCCUGUGACACAGAAGGGGAGACCCCACUCACAGAGACUGAGCAACACAUACAGCAAAGCCAGACGGACACACAGGACUCACUGGACUCUGGCACCACCCUGGAGGAGAGCUUGGUAAUGGACCUGGAUGCUGAGGCUGUCAGAGAUGCUGAGAACAACAUCAACACUGCCAGGCAGGACAAUCAACCCUGUGACACCAUGGAGCAGAUUGACACCAUAAGCUGUGAUUCGAGUUCACGUCGCUGCGAUCAGAACGCCAACACCAGCGAGACCAACAAGAGCCACCUGUCGCCAUGCCAACCAAACUCUGGCCACAACCCCCAUCUCCAACUCUUCCCUGACAACCAAUGGGAAGCGUCACCCCCCUCCCAUCUCCACCUCCCUCCCAUAGACUUCUCAUGUAUGCAUCUGCAAAAAGAAGGCCAAGACCCCAUCCCAGCUUACAAAUCCUGGCAGGAUGACAACGAGAGCGGAGAGGCACAGCUCUCCCCGCUGGCCGGCCGCAUGGUUCCUCUUCCCCCGCUGCCCCUGGAGGAGGACGGCGAAGACGAGGAGGGGGAAGAAGGGCAGGACGCCUCCCCCUCAUCUUCCCGCUCCCACCCUCACCUUCUGGCUCGACGCUUCCUCGACUUCGGCGCGCACAGUGCCCAGCGCUUCCUCCAGCAGGACCCAGAUGCCACCUCACCCACCAAAGCACAGAGGCCGCGGCGAGCAUCAUUUGGCUCCAAAGAGGCGAUGAGAGGAGGAGAUUCAGUGACCCACCAACUCACCAAGAAGCUACAGCACCUGAAGAAAAAAAUCAAACAGUUUGAGGAGCAGUUUGAGAAGGAGAGAAACUAUAAGCCCUCUCAUGGAGACAAGGCAGCUAACCCCAAAGUCCUCAAAUGGAUGACUGACCUCACCAAGAUCCGCAGGCAGAUAAAAGGACGCCAGCACCACCUUUUACCCAGAAGCACGCUGAGGCACCAGGCUUUGCUCCAUUCACACAGACGCCACCAUGCUCCCCCUUCCCCUUCCUCCUCCUCCUCCACUUCCUCCUCCUCUAUCUGCUCACCUCCCCAUCACACACUCACCCCCCCGCUCCACCCCUACUCAGGCCUGAGCUCUAGACCGUUUCACCUCAAUGCCAAACACCGUGUAGAGAGCGAGCUCGGCCCCCAGACUCGUCCUCGGAGCAACACUUUGCCCAAGAGCUUUGGCUCCACGCUGGAUCAAGGCGCCUACGAUGCGGCAGGGGAGGUGAAGGGUCCGCAUCCCACCAGGGAGGAAACACUGGAGCUGAUCCAGCGCAGGGUCAAAGGGAAGAGGCAGGAGGACGGCUGGCCUGAUGACAUCAAGAAGAUGACAAAGGAGCAGUUGUCCUGUGAGAAGACAGUCCUGCAGAAGAACCUGCUGCACUAUGAAGGCCUGCACGGUCGACCGGUGACCAGAGAGGAGCGCCUGGUGGUGAAGCCUCUCUAUGAUCGCUACAGAUUGGUCAAACAAAUGCUCACCAGAGUCAGCAUCACACCCAUCACAGUGUCCCCCUCCAGCAAGAGGCGGAGCCAGACCCUCCAGCCAAUCAUAGAGGGUGAAACUGCCCAUUUCUGGGAGGAGAUUAAAGAGGAGGAGGAGGAGGAGCGGAAAGGUGGCGGAGGAGAAGAAGAUGAGAAGGAGGAGGAGAGGGAGGAGGAGGAAGAAGAGGAGGAAGAGGAGGGAGAGAGCAGCGGCGGGGAGAUGCAGAGCUCCGAGGUCAUCAUGGCCGUCGAUCUUGUGUCCCCGACCGACAGGCAAGUGAGGAGCCAGAACCAACCUGACAGACAGAGCGACUGUCCAAUGAGAGCCAAGCUGGAGGAGGGGUCAGGGAGGUUGGCGCUGGACCUGCGACUCUCCAGCUCCAACGCCUCGUCCAUGCCAGAGCUGCUGGAACAGCUGUGGAAGGCCAGAGCAGAGAAGAAGAAACUGAGGAAGACCAUCAAAGAGUUUGAAGAAGAUUUCUAUCAGCAUAAUGGAAGGAAUGUCCAGAAGGAGGACCGGGUGCCGAUGCUGGAGGAGUACAGAGAGUAUAAGAGGAUCAAGGCCAAACUCCGCCUCCUGGAAGUCCUCAUCAGCAAACAGGAUUCCUCCAAAUCCAUCUAGACCCGCCUUCCUCACACACCCGCUAUCAACGCACACAUCAGCGGUCAUCACUGCUGCGAGGACCCGCCCGGGAUGUCCAUCGGCCCAUCAGACAUCAUCACACCUGGGAGGGUUUAACAAACACUCCAGCCAACGACAGAAACCACAUAGAGACGAGUCAAGACCCUCAGGCAGAAAUCACCAUCACUGCUCGGUCUGCUGCAGUCGUGUCACGGUAAAAACAAAGACAACAAAAUGCCAGUGACGUGCUGGUUCAGGAGGUAAAACACUGACCUAUGAAGCUUUCAAAAUACUAUGAAUUUACUUUUGUGGACACAGUUCAUUUUCAGACCGAACCUGUACAAUCACAGGAACCAAGCUGUUUGUAGUAUCAGUAUUAGAACGAGGGAAGGGAAUUUCUUCCUGACGAGUCAAUAAGAAGUUGUAAGUAAUUAGUCAGAGAAACAUUUGAAAACAUUUCAGAUCCUUUUUAACAUUUGAUCGGCCCAGUUUGCCAAAUCGAAUGUGCCACAAACUUUUAGCUGCUGAGUUAGUUUGUAGUGCUCAUAGUUACUGGGACUAUUUAGCUGAGCCCCGUGUGUGAGCAGUGUGUGUGAUUGAAUAUUUUACAGCAAACCAAGCACUGAAAAGUCUGUUUUUAGCUUUUUUUCAAAUCACAAAAAUCACUCAAAACUGUUAACUUCUAUAAAUGUAAAACUACAUUUUUUUUACCUCCAUGUCAGAAUUCAGUAAUAUGGACAAAUCUGUCUUUUGCCAAAGUUCAGUUUAAUUAUAACAACAUUAAAGCUGUAAACGUGUGUAUUUACAGUUAUUUUCUGUGACAUGACUGCAGCACCGUCACCGGUCAAACUUAAAAAUCACUCCCAUUAGCUACAGCUAAUCUCCGCUGCCUCAUCUGACUUCAUAUCAUCUCAAACACAGCCACAGAGAAAAACAAGUCAUCACUGUGCCCGUCAUCAUCAACAUCAACAUCCCACCAACCUGACCGAAGACUUUGCACUUGUUUUCUCAUGUCUCAUUUCCUCGUCUUCUGAGGGAAAAAACAAACAAACAAAAAAAAAACAUUGACUUUUUUUCAUUUCAAGAACUUUUCUGUUGUCGGUCUUUGUUCUUCAUGUUUUUUUUUUCCUUUCACUCUGAGGAAUCUUAUCGGACAGCUCGAGGACUGACAUUUUAGACGUUCUUUACUCAAGACGCGUUUGUUUGGAACGUGGUUCAGUUUGAACAGUCCCUCUCUCGCCUUGCUUCAGGGAGUCACGAUUUUAAACCUAAUCUUAAACCUGCCUCCUUGGCGCGAGACGAUUGAUUAUUUUUAUUCUGUCGAUAGAACUUCAUCUAACAUCCUCACAUCCUGGAUGCUUCUGACUGAUUUUAAAAUUAAUUGACAAAGUUUAAAAACAAGUUUGUGCGUGUAUUCUUGUUAAAAAAAAUUGUACUCAUACAUGUUUGUUUGAGAGACACUGGUGUUCAAGUUCAAUGGAAAACAAUAUCUGUUGGAACCCAAGGGAAAAUUUAAAAAAUGACAAAGUCCCAGUGAGACCUUGGAGAUGUUGUGAAAGACGGAUUCUCAUUUUCUUUUCCAUUUAUUUCUGUUCUUCAGCAUUUUCUAUUACUUUUUCUUUCUGUUUUUCAGUAAGAUGUACCAGCGGGUUGGUGUUCAGAGCGGUCACGGUUUUGCAAAAAAAACAAAACAGAAUGUAGUUUCCAAUGAGCCUCUUGCUCAGAUCAGGAGAUUUUACGAUGCAGAUGGAUAUGGUUGUUGCAGAAAUCAUCUGGAAAAUUCUGCACUGCAGUUCUUUUGGUCGUUGACGUGUUUGUUGUUUUUCUGUUUACUGUUAACUUGUUCAGUUUGCUGCAUGAAGAUGUGGCAGGUUCAGAGGGAUUAUGGGUGAUGAAUGCGGAGAAGAGGAGCCAGUGUCUUUUCCAUGUUGCUGCUGCUUCUCUGAAACCAAAAGCAUGUUGCUAACGGGUGAAGGUAUCCGCGUAGUUUGACAUCCAGUUUCCUGAGGUGGGGGGGAGUGGGAGGCGUGGGGGGGGGGAGUGGGAGGCGUGGGGGGGCGUGGGGAGGCAACGGGGGGGAUUAGUGAGCAGUUGCUGUGCAGCUGCUGCAGAAAAACUCCUUCUUUCCCUGGUUGAAGUUUGACUGUAGCUUUAAAGGCUCUUUUGCAUCGAUGAGGCACCAACACUGCCAGCACUGAUUUUUAGUUUAACAGCGAAGAAGGUAAACACAACAGCAACCUCAGCUGCGUCUCUGUCCUUGGUCAAAUCUGUCGUUCCAGUGAAGUUUCAUUUCCUGCUGGCAGGUAAAAUGAGGGCAGGUGAGGAGGAGAAGGUCUAUUCUGAGGCCUGAUGCAUGCCGACGAGUUUGUCCUCUUCAUUCUUCUCCUCCUCAAGGGCCAUGUUGUCUUGUAUAAGACUGGAUUCAAGAUGUCAAAAUGUGGGGACGAAGAAAUUUCCAACAGUCGAUUGUGGCUUUAACUGGUAAGUUAGCGAAGCGGCUGUUUAGGGAAUGAAGUUCUAUUAUCAGAACCUCAGUAGCUGGUUAAUUGAGGGACGUUGUAGCUGUCGAAGGCAGAUAAGACAAAAAACGUGCUUUUCUUACUGUAUCGAUAUACAUUUACCUGCCAGAAUCAAAGCUGACUGCAGACGUGGUGGUUUGAAAGUUUGGAAUGAGACUAAAAGUUGAACUUUGAGAACAAAACGGGGGAGGGGGCGCAGUGCGUGUUUGUCGGGACGGCAAAGGAAGUUAUUGAUGUAAAAAGAUGUUAUUUGCACAGCAUUCACAGAAUGCAGCCCUUUUGUGUUUUUUUCAUUUGUUUUUCUAAAAAUGAAGCACUACUUCUAUACAAAUAUAAAUAUAUACUGUACAUAAAAAAAGACACCCGAAGGAAUGAAUGUCAGAAAUGUUUAAAUUAUUUCAAACAUUACGUUUGGCCCCCUUUGGUUCAUUUUAUUUGUGAUGCCCUGAGAAUGUGUUUGUUUUUUUUUAAAAUUACCAUUAUAAAUAUUACUAUUACUAUCAUAACAAUUAUUUUGUGUGAUGAUGACAAUAAUAAUAAUCCUUUUGUAUCUACUCACAAACUGUAAAACCAGCUGUAGAAGUUAGCACUGUGUGUGGCUAAUCAAACAUGAACCUGCUUCGUUUUCUGAUUUAUUUUGUCGCUCUGUGUAAUAUAAGUUAAAAUAGAAGCAGUUCUGUAGUGAGCUUGCAUGGCAAACGAGAACAUACAUAGUACAAAACGAAAACAUUAUGUAUUGUUUGUUAUUUGUGCCAUGAAGAAGCAGCAAUAAUAAAACUCUGCGUGGAGGUUUUACAGUAUCGGGUCGUGGGUAAUGAUGGGUUGGAUCGAUGUGUGAAUAUUCUGAGGUAAAUAUUUUUUUUUUAAGUCUACUUCAACAGUUUUCAGUCUGACACACACACACACACACUCUGCUUAGAUGUUGUGUUUUUACCACUGUUGUCAGCAUAAUGUUCGUGUUGGCGCUGCUGAAAAACCAAAAUAUGAAUAAAUCUGUUAAACACCAAGGUAAACAGGGAUCGAAAAGCCAAUGACAGAUGUGUCGUAUCUGAAAACAUUCCAGUUUUUAUCAUCAUUUAAAGAGUGGAAACUAUCCAUCAUUAGUCUCUGAAAGGCUUUUGAGUUUUUACAUUUGGCGCCGCCUCAGUUUGUCAAAAAUCAGCGUUUUGUUUUACAUUGUGCCUGCAACAGAGUGGUAAAACAUCACAUGUGGUUCACACGCUGUAAACUGUAAAUGUAUUCUGUCUCUGUUGGUGUACAGGAUGUUUCAUCUCACACUUACCCAUCCAACAGUGCAUGGUUAUUUCACACACCUGGGAUUCACGGCAGAAGUCACUGUCAAAGACGUUUCACAGGUCAGUGCUGCUCCUGCAAGGGAUAAUCAUUUGUUUUUUUUUGGUCAAAACUGGCAAAAUAGAAAGAGAUCAAAUAUACAUGUUACAAUUUUGAAUAAACAGAGGCCUUAACAUUUAAAGAAAGCUGGGGAAAAAAAGAUUUGUGCUGGCAGUGUUUAGAUUUCUGUUCUAUUCACAAACAGAUGAAUUUCUGAACUUCACAACAUCUUUGACGCUGAAUUUUGCUGUAAAUUCCUUUGUACCUAAGAGGACUUCAACCUGAGGGACAGGUUGUAAACUGCUCCCUCUUGCCUCCUUCAGGUCAUCUGUGUUUUAUCACAUCAAUAUAUUGUAUGUAUCUGUAAAUGUUUUCAUACUUUGUGAAUGCUUUUUUCUGUUAUUUCUUCAUUAACAAAAAGGAUGAGAAAAUACAAUCAGUAA